GAGGAGGAGGAGGAGGAGGAGGAGGAGGAGGAGGAGGAGGAGGAGGAGGAGGAGGAGGAAGAGAGGGGCGAACGGGCUCAGUCACUUCCGCACCAUGUGAGCAGCACCGGGACUGAGGAAUACUUUGUCCCGGAUGGACCCCGCAUCCUCCGGGAUUGAGGAGCGCUAACUCGGUGACCUCCAGCGGGGGACCGAGCGGCUGAGAACCCGCGCCCAGAGACCGGACCCAUGGCUGCCGACGUGGCCGUGUCUCUGUCGGUGCUGGCGGUGGUGGUGCUGCUGAGCGACGUGACCCGCAGGCUGCUGGUGCGGGGCCUGGCGAGCACCGGGCUCUCACCGUACGCGGUGGAGCUCGUGUCGACCUUCCAGCUCUGCUGCUGCACGCACGAGCUGAAGCUGCUCUCCGAGUCCGGCGGCAUCCCGCCUCAGCUCGCGCUCACCUUGACGUAUGUGACGUCAGUGGCUCACGGGCUCACCUUCCGGGGGGCCGUGGGUAACCCCUGCGGAGCGCUCGAGCACGCGUACCGCGCGAGGUUGUCGGGUGGGUGCGCAGUGCGGCGGAUCGCGUGCCAGUUUGUCGCGGCGGUGGCGGCGCGCGCGGCCGUGCCGGUGAUUUGGGGUUUGGGGAUGUCAGGGCUCCACAGCCGCCAAAAGCUGCUGGGGUUCCGGUGUGUCAGCGCGAUCCACGCAUCUCUCCCGCAGGCCGCUGCCGUGGAGCUGGUGUGCGCCUUCGCUGUUCAGACUGUCAUCACGCACACGCAAUCUGUGGAGGAGAAAUACCGCGUGCACGCGGUUGCUGCUGCCAUAACAACAGCGGUUUAUGCAGGCGGCGGUGUGACCGGAGCCGUGUUUAACCCGGCGCUGGCCUUUUCCACGCAGUUCCCCUGCAGUGGGAACUCAUUCCUGGAGUACUGCUUUGUGUACUGGUUGGGUCCACUUCUGGGUAUGAUGAGCUCUGUGCUUCUCUUUGAUAAACUCACAACUGCAUUUUCCCGAAAGUCGUCGCCUCUUCACCUCCCGCUGCGAACCAAGAAGCAGGCAUGAGCGAGCGGCAGGGCUGCAUGUUUACCCCACAGCACAUCAGGCGUAAAUAUCAACAGUUCACAAUAUCUAGGUUUCUGCUAAGCUUCUAAAUAUUUCAAUUUGAGAGACUUUUUAAUGUAAAUUAGACUAGAUAUGACAUUUAAAGCACAACUGAAAUACAAAAUUCUAGAAGUAAGUCUGUUUACUUUAGAAUUCAGUAAAAGUGUUUGAUUUUUGGCAAACUUAUCAACACUUUCAGAUUGAUAAACACAAUCUGAAAGUGUCGAUAAAGUUGGACCCUCUGCAACUCGUUAAACCACAUAAAUGUAGCCAAAAUGUUCAAAUCUAUUGCAACAAUUUCAUAUUUGCAUUUGGAUAAAAGAAUGUGUAGAUAGUAUAAUACAACAUAUUAAUUCUGUGUAAUAUUUUAAGCAAAUUGUUUUUAAGAGGAAAUGUAACCAGUGUUAUUCAUGUAUUAAUGUGAUAUUAAAGCUGUACUGUGACUGAAUGACCUUUUACUUUUUGCACAAAUGUAACUGGUGCCUUUGGAUUCCAGUAAAAAAAGAUAAUUUAAAUACAAGUGUUAAAAAAUUUUA